AUGUUAGCUCCAUAUAUGGAAACCACGUGGUUCUGCAUUUUCAGGCCCCUUGUAAUUGCAGUCGCUCCUGGUCGCGGUCGUCCUUCUCACCCAACCGUCAACGUUCCCCUUCAACCUCGUUUUCUGUCGAUAUAUCCGGCGUUUUUUCAUUCUGGAUUCGGUGAAUUGGAGCUUAACCCAGGUCUGUUCAUCUCCAUGGGCCUCUGUUCCUCUGACUCGCCUAUAUUGAUCAAAGCACUUGCUAGUAGCUUUCCAACGACUCCUGGGCAUCCAAUGGAAAACGAAAAUGCAGCUGUUCCAGAUCCGAGAGAGCAGCGGAAGCUGGCGGUCGCCAAACUGAAACGCGCAGCAUCCCUGCCGCGGAUAGAAGGCGGACGACGCCCUCGGAUGCACACAGAGGCCGUCAGCGAGGGAGAGAAGGUGCAGGAUAGCAGAGACCAAACGCCGGAUAUUGAUACGCCACCUCCGGAGAUCAUAGAGCCAGAGGUGCCGCCAGUUGAAGUCGACGCGCAAAUCCAAGAACCACCGGUAGAAGAGAAUGUGGAAGCAGAAGAAGUGGAGGAGGUCACCGUCGCUCGACCAUCAUCCCGUUCGGGCCGUCGUUCACGCUCACGGCGGCGGUCUUCACGAGGCUCCAAAGAUUUGAAGGCAAUGAAGGCUAGAAAUAUGCAGACGCCAACGCCUACUCAUGGUGACUCUUCCCCAGAACUUGGUGUAAUAGGCUUAAGUCCUGUCGAUGCCCCAGCGAUACCUCCUUCUCCAGUACCCUUUGCCAGUCCUUUGUUACGAACGCGUCUGCUCAGGUCGCCCACUCCCAAUGACAGACCGAGUGCGCCACCGACACCACUUCUACCAUCCCUGGAAGAUAUUCAGCAGCGGAAGGGACUCCAGCUGCAGCGGUCGCAUAGCGCCAUCGGCAGGCAAACAGCAAUGCACAAACUCACUGGGGGGACCGAUGUCUAUGAUCCUUCCCUGUCUCCGUCUCCCACACCGCCUUCAUUAUCGGCAAAACUUCGUCGUAACCUAACAGUUACUGGAGACGAGCGACUCACUGCAGAGCGUACCCUUGUCCGCAAACAGUUACUUGACGUCCUGGCUCCGAGAUUCACUAAAGAAGCGGAUGCCGAGGUAAUCAGUGGUGAGGAUCGUUCAGCGGCUACACCUUCACCUACAAGCAAACGGAGGCGACGUAGAAAGCGUUCCUCGACGAAUACCCCUAUUCCUAAUGCUGGUGUCUCUGAUUCUGAGUACCUCACAACUUCAACGAAUACUCCUAUUCCCCCACCGACGCCACUGCCACCCACCCUGCCUCCUACACCAUUACCUCAAACUCCCCAACCACAUCUAGACAUAUUGCCUGAUGUCAGGGCGAGGUCCGCGACUCCAAAUCAUUUUCCCAGUACUAGCGCAAGCCCGGAACAGAUGAGGUCAUCCCCUCUCCUUACUCUGGAAGAAGAGCCUCGGACAGAGCAGGAUCGACCGGAGCCUGCAAGGAGGAGAAGUGUUGUCGUUGAAGAGGAAGAGGAUGAACGAUCACCAAUGUUAUUUCAGUAUCCCGGUCUUCCUCCAAGCCCACCCGAACCGACACCAAUUAACGGAUCCCCUUUACGAGUUCCACAUAGUUCGGACGGGCCAUCGACUGUGUCAACGGAAUCUGCACACACAGGGGUUCUUGGUGUACCUAUCUACCUUAGCCAUAGGACGCCUUCGAAGCUGGACACAUUUCCGAGCAGCCCAUACUCGACGCCUAAUCAAGAAAGAUCUCGCCGUGAAGAUGACGAGGAAGAAGUCCUGUAUCCUGCCGAUACAUAUCGUCUUCGAUCACCCUAUGACGAUGGUUAUGGUCGUGAGAUCAGUUGGAUUGCCUCUCCAGUUCCAGAAAUCCGCAUGCCAAUUGACGACGACGACGAUGACAUAGACCGAGAGGAAGAUGAUGAACUGGACUUUGAGGAUCGGCCCCCAUCAAGAACCUCUGUACCAAUCUUGCAGCAGGACGCCUAUGAUUCAUCUCCCCGCGCAUCGUCAGAUUCACAAAAUGUCGUUAUUGAAUCCGAAACGUCACCAGACACGACACCGUCUCAGGCUCCACCGUCGCCGCCUUCGUCAAUGGCUGCUCUCUCUACUUCCCUAACGCGUGCGAGCGAUGAGUCUAUUUCCGCCCAGGCAUUCCCGUUGCGGUUGUCUGUGGCAUCGCCUGUGCAAGGAGACCGUUCACCUCUCACAGACUUCAUGGAUUUGGAUGAUCGGAUAUUGGGUACUGAUGCAUCGAAACGCAAUGGUGGAGAUACGGCCUCAACCAGCACUUGGGAGAAAAUCAAAAGCUUUACUAGGUCUGGCUCUAGUAGCGGACGUCGUUCACGGACCAAUAGUAUUGGGGCACGGGAACGUCGGGAUCAUACAGAUUCCAGCAUUAGCCGUGAAAGUGGGGUGAGUCUUAACAGCGGCAGGAUGGACAAGCACGAUGGGAGUACAUUUGCCUUGCAACAGUCUCAAGUCAUGCAGUCACCUCCUGCUUCGGCUUCGGUGCCUUUAUUGACAACUCCUUCCGUGUCGCCUGUUCCUCUUGCUUCGGGUCUUGACUACCCCCAGUAUCAGAGCUCCAAGUUGUUCCCAUUCCCAGGCAUGAGGAAGCUGGAAGAGCAGCGCCGAGCUAAAGGCAGGAUUAGUGGCUCUUCAUCCACGCCAGAUGUCAGUAUUCUAGGCAGCGGGAUUGAGGAAGAACAGGUCCCCAUGUCAGCCAAAUCUUUGAAUGCACUUCAAGGUGUUGAACUGAGUGCCGAGUACAGGAUUGGACACCAAACGUCUGAUACAGCUAUGCGAUAUCAAUACCUCAAUUCACCUCCCAUUGCGUCUUCGUCAAGUCAGCAGGAUUAUUUCAAUAUUCCUUCUGCCGGAUCUAGCACAUCAAAGUUGCCUAUGACGCUGCCGGCUGUACGGAAAUGGUUGAACACCAAAAGGUCAAAGUUUUCCUCCCCGUCGUCUUCCCCCGGGGAUGGUGCAUCGAAGAAGGCCUCUUUCUCCGAUCUACUUCGUAUUAGGAAAGACAAUGAGAUAGUAACUGACCACGAAGAAUCGCUUACCAGUGGAACGGCAAGUACUCUUGUCGGUAAAUCAUCAUCGACCUUCCCCACUACUGUGUCUCCUCAGGAAGUUUCGUCCCUUUCUCCUUCGCCUCGGAUGGGGCACACAGAAAGUGAAGAAACCCCAAAGGCGAAGAAGGUUGUUCCUGCAUCAGAAACAAGUGACGACUUGUCCCCCAUUUCUCCGCCGUUACUCUCACAUAGUAGUAGUAACAUCAUUUCUUCGCCUCCUGAUCUGCUGUCCCCAACUCCUGACCUUUCAUCCUCAUUGAGUGAGUACCCGGCUCAUUCUAUAUCUUCGACAUCCUCCAUAUCAUCAUCACACUACUCUUCAGCCGACGCUUCUGGACCCCAAGGCCCUAUUGUCCUAGAACAAUUGGAUGAGAAUUUGGCUCGGGGCUCGCGAAGUCCGAUGUGGGCAGCUGCUAUCGAGGAGCCUGCCCGAAAACUCCUCAUAUCAUCCCCUGUUCUACAAGUGGUGAACGCCAAUACGGUUAAGGAUCGCUUCCUCUUCCUGUUCAACGACAUUCUCGUUAUUGCGAAGCCAGUCAUCCAGGAUGAAGAUAUUGACAGGCCUACCGUCGACAAGACUUUUACGGUCAAGAGCGUCGUUAUGUUGCAACAGCUCCGUUUCAGCGGCGAUCGGACAGAAACGCAGUCGAAGUCUAGCUAUGCUGUACCUCCUAGGAACCCCAUUCUUCGGACAUUCAUACAUCAGUUCAGCAAAGACCCCGACCAGGCGAUCUCUAAUCUAUUUUCUAAAUCGGGAAUACCCGACGACCCUGUUUUCUUGGGUCAGUUGCUUUUCAGAACAAUGGAGCUUGACCGGAAACAGCUUGGCGAAUACUUGUCUCGGAGGACAUCGAAAUUUGUACUGAAAAGCUUUCUCGAUAGCUUCGGGUUUGUGGGUUUGAGGUUGGACAGGGCACUUCGCGCGUUUCUUUUCUCCAUAAACGUCUCGUCUAGAUCCAGCCUUGACUAUCUUGCUGACGCUUUCGCAAUUCGGUGGUACGAGGCCAACGCUGCCAUCGUUGCCUAUGACAGAGAUCUCGCGCAAAGUUUCGUCCGUGCAAUCAUUCAAAUGAAUGAUAUUGUACAUGGAGGGAUCUCGCAAGAGCCUGGCCCUACAGGACCUUUCCGACAACAAGUCAGCUGCCGCGAGUUCAUCGAAGCUUUUCGACGCGUUGAUAUCCGUUGUUUCGUAUCUGAUGAGGUCCUGAAACAAGUUUUUGACGCGACGAUGCGGGAACACCUUUCCAUGGCUCGUCCAUCGGGUUCGUUGGACUGCACGAUAAACGUUAAGCGCCCGCUGCCAGCACGAUUGACUUACAGACGGCAAUCUGAGCCAGUUGUUCUUCGUCUGCCUCAAGCCGACCCCAACUUGAGCCUCCAUCUUUACGGGGAAGGGCUGGUCUUUGAUCCACCCGUUUUGACGUUUGCCAAGUCAUCUGAGGCCUCUUUCCGUGUGACGGGUGUCUCGCUUGGACCCAAGACAAUGCUCAUGUAUCGGUCGGGUGCGAACGCGGUGAGAUACAGUGGGCUCCCGCUCAGCAACACUGUCAUUGUGGAGAGAGCAUUUAUGCGCAAUACGUUCCAGGUUGCCUUUAAAAACCACCAUGGACUUAAGAGGCGGUAUAUGUUCAGUGUGGACGAUCCGGUGAAAAAGCAUCAAUGGGUAGCAGAGUUGCGCAGACGGUGUGAUGAUGUCUCAUCUUCACAGACAUCGGGAACAGGGACGUUCCAUUGGGCGACGGAGGUGAUGGCUUUCAGGGUGUUGCAGGAGACGCUAGUUGAGCCGGCGGCUGGUCCUAUUGCCAAGAUCCAUAAGGCAAUGGAAAAGCUGAGCGGAACAAGGAAGCCUAAGCUGGAGAGCAUGCAUGUCAGGUCCAAGUCGCGUAGCCAAGUGUAUCAUCGACAUGGGGCGGGCAGAAAUGAGCUGGACCUGUCUAGCGGACAGAUUAGCACCGAUGCGGCAGAGGAAGAUGCCAGCGGAGAUGACCAUCCUGUGUGGACGGGCCGCGAUUUGGAGAUGCAGUGUUUGCAAAACAGCUCAAUUGCUUUGGUGUUGUCGUAUCUGCAGGUGGGAGCGCCUGCUCCAGGGGUAUCAUGA